AUGGGCAUAUUCUUAGCCACUAUCUACUUAAUCUUGCUCAACUUUUCAGCUUCGUUCGCCAACACCACAAACACGACGGUAUCGUAUGAGGCAGAAGCAUGUGUCGAUGCUAACAUCGUUUUAAGCUUUAAUUUCUACAUUAACAGCUGCCCUGAAGCCGAACCAAUCGUGUUCUCUUGGGUGGAAAAAGCGCUUUACGAUGACCCGAGAAUGGCUGCCUCUUUGCUCCGUCUCCAUUUUCACGAUUGCUUUGUCGACGGAUGUGACGCGUCGGUGUUACUCGACGACACGUUGGGUUUCGUUGGGGAGAAAACCGCGGCUCCCAACGCGAACUCCUUAAGGGGGUUUGAAGUGAUAGAUGCCAUAAAAGCUGAUCUUGAAUAUGUAUGUCCUGAGACAGUUUCUUGUGCUGAUAUUCUUGCUAUUGCAGCUAGAGAUUCUGUUGUGCUGUCAGGUGGGCCUGGAUGGGAAGUGGAAAUGGGCAGGAAAGAUAGUGUAGGGGCCAACAAAGCAGCAGCCAACAGCAAUAUACCUGCUCCUAAUUCUGAUUUAUCAACAUUGUUGUCAAAAUUCCAGAAUCUUGGGCUGUCACUCCAAGACAUGGUUGCACUGUCUG